AUGGGAGAAAAUCCGCGAAACUGGAGCGUCUUCAAGAAGGCGCUGGUCAGCUUCGAGCUAUGUCUUCUAAUCAUUGCCGUAUAUGCGGGAGCAUCCAUUUACACUGUCGGGUAUCACGGCGUCGAGGUGCAAUUCGGCGUCUCGGACACCGUCGCCCUCCUAGGGUUGACUGUCUUUGUCCUUGGAUACGGACUUGGUCCCAUGGUCUGGAGUCCGUUAUCUGAGGUCCCCCAGAUAGGUCGAAAUUCCAUCUACAUUCCCACCCUCGUCAUCUUCAUCCUCGCUCAGAUCCCAACCGCCCUGGCCACCAACAUUGGCAUGCUCCUGGGCUUCCGCUUCGUCGCCGGUUUCUUUGGAUCACCGAUCCUGGGAUCCGGGGGCGGUAUUCUGAUGGACCUGUACGCUCCGCGGAAACACACGUACGCUAUGGCAAGCUUUGCGCUCAUUGGCAUCGGCGGGCCUACGAUAGGCCCCAUCAUCGGCGGUUUUGCAGUCCAGGUCAAGGGAUGGACGUGGACCCUUUGGAUCAUCUGCUGGUUCGGCGCCUUCAUACUCAUAAUCUUGAUCUUUUUUCUCCCCGAGACGAGCGCUGAUAACAUUCUCUACCGGCGGACGAUGCGGCUUCGUAGGGCCACCGGCGAUCUAGGUUUCGUCUGCGAAGCCCAGCUCAAGGCAGAUAAUACGCCGGGCGUCGAGGUCCUCAAGGCGCACCUCAUCCGGCCCUUUACGCUGGUGCUGACGGAACCGACGGUUUUCUUUCUCAACGCGUACAGCGCGUUCACGUAUGGGCUCAUGUACAUCUGGUUCGAGGCUUUGCCGCUAGCCUACAAGGAAGUAUACCACUUCGACAUCGGAACACAGAAUCUUGCCCUGUUGGGUCUUAUUGUUGGUGUACUGGCCAUCAUCCCUCCGUUCUUCAUCUAUUACCGGAUACGUAUUGAGCCCAAGUACGACCGCAACGGCAACAUCAAGCCGGAAACGCAUCUUCAUCCCGCAAUGGUUGGGUGUUUUUUCAUCCCAGCCAGUUUAGUCUGGUUCGGGUGGACUGCGAAACCCUCAAUCCACUGGGCAAUCCCCAUCGUCGGUUCAGCUUUUUUCUCGACUGGCGCGCUGCUGUUGUACAUCUCGAUUCUGAAUUACCUUGCGGAGUCGUACCCGGACCACAUUGCAUCCGUUUUCGCCGGGCACGAGCUGUUCACCAGCAUGUGCGGAGCGACAUUCCCCCUAUUUAUCCCGGCAAUGUACUACAAGUUCGACGUCCUCGGGUCGAGUAUGAUCUUGGCCAUAUUGGCUGUUGCAUUCGUGCCUCUCCCCUAUAUACUCUACAUGGUAGGAACUCCCUCUUCAUGCACCACACUUGGGGGUUUCAAGCUGACACUGUGA